AUGGGAGCUAAUUGUUCAAACUGCAAUUGCAACAGAGACGAAAGGGAGCAUGAGUUAUCAAUUGAUGAUAGAAGCAACGGAGGGUAAAAGGUAGUUCUUCAUGAACUGGGAAAUACAGAGCUCACUACAGAUAAGUUUGGAGGAACAAGAGCCAGUGCAGUUUAAAAUAAAAAUAACAAUAAAGACAAACAAAAAUCUUAAACAGGUUAUAACUAAAAUACACUUGGAGCAAAUGGAUCAAGCAAUGAUAGUUAUGGAAAUACUCAAAAUAAUAAGUAUAGAGACGAUAAUUUAAAGAUCAGUGAUAGAAAUGAGCAAUAAAGAAUAUCCGGUGCUGGCAGAAGUGGCUUUAGUGACACAGGUGAAAAUUAACAUUAACAAGCUUUCAACGAUGACUUACCAUUAGAGAAUAGAGAAGAAUACAGAUUUAAAAAUGGAGCUAUUUAUAAAGGAUAGUGGAAAGGAGAAGUUAGACAUGGGUUCGGAAUCUAAUUGUGGCCUGAUGGUGCUCGCUAUGAAGGCCAUUGGCAGAAUAACAAAGCUCAUGGAGGUGGGAAGUUUUGGCAUGUCGAUGGAGAUGUAUUUGAUGGUGAGUGGAGAGAUGAUAAAGCUAAUGGUUAUGGUAUAUAUACUCAUGUAAAUGGAGCUAAAUAUGAAGGGCAUUGGAAAGACGAUUUACAACAUGGCUAUGGUGUAGAAACUUGGGCAGAUGGUUCUAAAUACGAAGGAUAUUAUAAAGAUGGAAAAAAGCAUGGAAAAGGAACAUAUGUUUGGAGUGAUGGCUCUCGAUAUGUAGGAGACUGGUUUGAUAAUAAGAUUAAUGGAUAAGGAAUCUAUACAUGGCUUGAUGGUCGUACUUAUGAAGGAUCGUGGAAAGAUAAUAACAUGCAUGGUUAAGGAACAUACACUUGGAGUGAUGGUAGAAAAUACGAAGGUGAAUAUUAUAUGGAUAAGAAGCAUGGCUACGGAAUUUAUUUCUGGGCAGAUGGUAGAAAAUAUGAGGGAUACUGGUAAAAUGGGAAGCAGCAUGGUGAAGGGAAAUAUAUAAUGCAUAACGGAGAUAUUAAAAUAGGCAUUUGGGAAGAUGGUAAAAGAAUUAGAUGGAUUGAAACAUAUAGUAACAAUAUGCAUCAACAAAAUGACUUCGACAAUUCUUAGCAAUAAUAUUAGUGA